AUGAAGUCUUCGGAGUCAAAAAUGAGGGAAGUUCGGGUUUAUAUUGCUGUAUGUGUGGUUGCUUUCGCUAUAUGCGUAGCAGUUGCAGUAUCUGCAUUUUACGUGAUCCUUUGCAGGAGGAAGAAAACGAAGAAGACAAUCCAAAAUUGUUCAUCGUGCAACAAAAGUGUAGAUUUGGAGCUCCAGCAGUUGAAUUUAAGUGUAAGAACUGCAAGUGAAAAGAAAGUUUCUUUCGAAUCCUCUUCCCAGAUCGAAUCUUUGGAUGAUCACUUACUCCCCACCACUCCAGGCAAGCUGUCAGCGGUGGUGGUGGAGAGUUACACCGUUGAAGAGCUGAGCUCAGCCACCGCCGAAUUCUCCUCCGCCAACCUUAUCGAGGGAUCUGUUUAUCAUGGCCGCAUGAAGGGAAAAAAUGUCGCCAUUAAAUGCACAAAUCCCGACACCAUUUCCAAGAUCAAGUUCGACCUCUUCCAUACUGCCGCCCGUUUUCACCCCAAUAUAAUGAGGCUACUCGGUGUUUCCUCAGGUAUGGAUAUCCAUGAUACAGGUGAGUUCUUGGUAUUUGAAUACGCAAAAAAUGGAUCAUUAAAAGACUGGAUUCAUGGUGGCUUAGCAAUAAAGAGCCAUUUCAUUGCUUCAUGUUCUUGUUUCUUGACAUGGAACCAAAGGGUAAAGAUUUGUUUGAAUAUAGCCACUGCCUUACAAUACAUGCAUCAAAUAAUUAACCCUAGUUACGUUCAUCGAAACAUCAAGAGUCGGAAUAUUUUUCUUGAUGAAGAAUUUCAUGCCAAAGUUGGUAACUUUGGCAUGGACGAAUGUGUUGGAGAAGGAAUAUAUCCCGAAGAAGUACCUGCUUCGGGAUAUCUGUGUUCUAGUUUUCCCAUGACAUGGGAUAAAGGGUAUAUAGCACCUGAAUAUGAAUAUUCAGGUGUAAGUACCGCAGACACUGAUAUAUACGCUUACGGGGUUGUUUUACUUGAAAUACUAUCCGGUAAACCGCCAAUUAUGAAGGGUAAGUCGGAGAAUAACGAAGAAAACGUUCGGUUAUCGGAAAUGAUUAAAGUUAUACUCAAAUCCCCUAAUAAUGAGGAGAAGUUGAGGGAGUGGAUGGAUAAUGUUUUAGGAGAGAACUAUUCGUUUGAUGUAGCGAUCGCGUUGGCUAAUCUUGCAAGAAGGUGUGUGGAUGAUGAUCCGUUGAUGCGGCCUGAUGCCGGAGAAAUUGUGGUGAAGUUGUCGGAGUUGGUGAGGGGAGGGGAGGAGCAAGUCAUAGUCCGGGAAAGUUCUUGUAGGCCACUUGUGGCACAACCGUUUGCAAUUAAAGAUGUAAAUGAUUUUUAG